UCAUAUAUUUAUGGAAGUUGAAAAAGUUAAUAUCUGGUUAGAUUGUGAUGUCGGUAAUGAUGAUGCUAUGGCAAUCAUUUUGGCAUUGUUUCAUCCCAAGUCAAAUUUAUUGGGAAUCUCAACUUGUUUUGGUAAUACAUGGUAUUUGAUUCACAUAACGACAUAGUCUUGAAAACUGUACAAAUAAUACAAUUAGAUUAUUAAGUUCGGUUGGCAGAUCCAAUGUACCAGUAUUCAAAGGAGCAGAAUGUUCAUUAAAAUCUGUUAGGGCUACUACAAAAAUGCAUGGGAAUCAGGGUAAUGAUUGUUUUUACAAAAUUUAAAGGACUAUACGCAGCAGAUAAGUUAAUCAAAAAUUUUGAACCAGUCGAAAAUAUCCCAUUGUAUGACUUAAUCAAAUAAACUGCUGGGGAUUAGAAGGUAUUCACAACUUAAGAGUUAUAGUUCGUAAUAGUAAUAACUGGCCCACAAACGAAUAUAGCAAUUUUAUUGAGGGAUCACCCAGAUAUCAUUCCUUAAAUUUAGGAGAUUGUUUUUAUGGGGGGAACAUCAGGAUUCGGAAAUGUUACACCAAAUUCUGAAUAUAACAUUUAUUCAGAUCCAGAAGCAGCAUAAUUUGUAAUUGACACUUGCAAAUAACAUCAAUUAAAAUUAGUGAUGAUUGCAUUAGAUCUAACUUAUGUACUCAAUUAAUUAAAUAUAUAGACAUGCUAAUUAGUUGAAUCAUUGUAAUAAAGGAUCAAAGCUAUCAAUACAAAGUUUUCAGAUUGGUGUUUAGAAAUGCUUUAAGAAUUCUAAGCAGCUUACAAAGCUUAAGAAUUCGAUUACCCUCCUAUUCAUGAUCGUAAAUUUCAUCUUCACUUCUAUAAUAGCUGUUGCUGUAUUUUAUCCUCUUCAUCCUGAACUUUACAUAACCAAACCGUUAUUUGUGGCUGUGGAUUGUGAAUCAAAAUUAUGCUAUGGGAGAACAGUAGUUGAUAAAUAAGGAGUGCUUGGAUUAGAACCAACACUAGAGUUUGGUAGAAAAGUAGUUGUUGAAGAAUUUUGGAAUUAAAUGAUUGAAGCCAUUAAACAAGCAGCGAAAAAUUCAAAGUUGGAAUGA